CUACCACUAGCCUCCAUGUGAAUGUGAUGCGAUGCCGGGGAAGCUUGACGAAGACGCAUGCCAGUGCUUCCAUCUUUUCAACGCCUAUACAUACAGCCGAUUAGAUCUCGCCGAUCGCGUCGUUUAGUCUUCUGUUGCUGUAGCAGUACUCAGCACAGCUCCUGAUCGCUCGAGCUCUCGAUCGGGCGAGAUCAGUCAGAUCACACCGGGAGGACCGAGAAGAUGGCGCAGGCCGGGACGCUCGAGGUGCUGCUCGUCGGAGCCAAGGGGCUCGAGAACACCGACUACCUCUGCAACAUGGAUCCCUACGCGCUUCUCAGAGUCACCUCCAAUGAGCAGAGGAGCUCCGUUGCAGAAGGCAAAGGAAGUGAGCCGGAAUGGAACGAAACCUUCGUGUUCACGACCUCCGAAAACGCAACCGAGCUCUGCAUCAAGCUCCUGGACGACGACAAUGGCACAAACGACGACGAUGUUGGUGAAGCAAGGAUCCCUCUGGAUGCUGUCUAUACUGAAGGAAGCAUACCACCAACAGUUUACAAUGUUGUCAAAGAUGAAGAGUACUGUGGAGAAAUCAGAAUUGGUCUCAAGUUCACUCCGGAGGUAAUUGUCUCACCUUCAUGUUCGAAAAUUACCAUCUCCAUUCUCCUCCACUCGAUGCUGUCUGCCAUCUUGGGUACACGAGGCUUAGCAUUUAUUACCCGAGGAAAACUUCGGUGGGUGGAGACAAAUCAUCUUCUUGAGAGGAAGUGGAUGCUUUGCUGAACUUCAAUUAUGUGUGACAAGUCUUCUGCUAGAAUACUUCACAUUGUUCCCUGUUGUGGAUAGCUGCACCCUAUUCAUGUUAAUUGGACCAUUUUCCAGUAUUUAAAUUUGUAAUAAUGUUUUUUUUGCCAGCUGUAUGUAUUAAAACUAUAAAAGGAACCGUUCUCUUUAAUGGCCACUGAACUGAUUUGUCA